CACGUUGCUUUCCGACGUAGACGGGGUGGGCAGGGCGCUCGAGGCCUGUCGGGUGGCCAGGCUCAAGGGCAUGUUUGUACUGUGAUAGAGUCUGCAUCAAGUAUGGAAUCAAAUUGCAACAUCAGGUUACAAGGGCUUGUUACCGGCAUGCAAGUGCAAUCCAGUCCAAGAGGCUGAAGUUGAUGCGAAUAUUUGUUCAUGGUUGUCUAUCCAGUCAGGGCCCAAAAGAAAAAUCACAAACCUCCACCUCGGUUGAGGAAGAAGCACCUUUUUGGUGGAGAGGUGUUCAUGGUACCGUGACCCGGGGAAUGACGCUAUUAAAUUCGCCACCUUCCAGCUCUGAGAGACCUAACACCACACGAGUGCUACCUCCUUAAUUUGCGUCCAUCAGCGUACAAAAUCCAACCUUUAGCAUGUCGCAGCAAGAGCACCAGUUCUGGCAACUCCCUGCGCCCAACGCUCGAGGCUCCUUCGACAGCCUUGCGCUUCAGACGGGCCCUACGCCCAAGCCCGGACCGGGCGAGGUGCUCGUCGCCGUCAAGGCGGCCAGCCUCAAUUUUCGAGACCUCAUCAUCGCCCUUGGCAAGUAUCCGCUGGAUAAAAAAGAUGCCCCGACGAUUCCCGCCUCGGAUGGCGCAGGCGAGGUCGUCGCCGUGGGGGAGGGCGUGACCAAGUUUAAGCCAAAGGACCGCGUCGCAGCCAUCUUCAACGCCGGCCACCAGCGGGGCAGCACGCCCAACCGGGCCGAGAAACGGACUGGGCUUGGUGGCAGCAUCGAUGGAAUGCUAUCCCAGUAUCGAGCCCUACCCGAGACUGCCCUUGUCCACAUUCCCCAGCACCUCUCGUGGGAGGAGGCAGCCACCCUGCCCUGCGCUGCUGUGACGGCCUGGAAUGGUCUCUUUGGUCUUCCGUCCAAUGUCCUCCAGCCCGGCGAGACAGUCGUGUGCGAAGGUACCGGCGGCGUCUCCGUCUUUGGCGCCCAAUUUGCCAUUGCCGCCGGCGCAAAGGUCGUCAUCACAUCGUCGUCUGACGAAAAGCUGGACCGUGUGCGGAAGCUUUUUUCCCAGGAGAAACAGGCGCUCCUCACCACGGUCAAUUACAAAACGAACCCGGACUGGGACAAGGAAGUGCUCAAGGUGUCUGGCGAAGAAGGGGCCGCGCACGUGCUCGACGUCGGCGGCCCAGGUACGCUCGAAAAGGCCUUCAACACCAUCCGGCCCGGUGGCGUUGUGAGCGACAUUGGCUUCGUUGGAAAGGGCGAGGUCCCCAACCUCUCGGCACUCGUGUUGGGCACGACAUCCGUCUACAGGGGUAUUCUUGUCGGAUCGAGGGAAAUGUUCGAGCAGAUGAACGCCGCCAUUGACGUACACAAGCUCAAACCCCUCGUCGACAAGGUCUUUGACUGGAAGGACGCUAAAAAGGCUUACGAAUACCAGUGGAGCGGUUCACACGCCGGCAAGGUUGUCAUUCGGAUUGGCAGUUAAAUUAGUCACGCUCUUACAAGAGAAAGGGUGGAUGACGGCGACUUUGGCUGCGUCUUUCGUCCUGUGUGUGGUAGCUUGACCUUAAAAUAAUCGGACGAA